AUGGCACAGCAACAAGCUACGUUUGAUUUGGAUAAAAUCAAAGAAAAUUCCGAUGGGUCAAUGUCAGGUAUUGCGAAACUGGCGUUCAACGAAGUUGUGGUGAACAAUCCAUAUUUUGCCGCCGGUGGUGGAUUGAUGUUGUUAGGGACAUCAUUGGCGCUUGCACGUAAAGGUAUAACGGCGUCAUCUGGAUUUAUUUACCGUCAGUUGUUAGUUGAUUUGGAGAUUCCGUCGAAAGACAAGUCAUACUUGUGGUUUUUGGAAUGGAUGUCCCAAUAUAAGCAUAGAACUUCCAGACACUUAUCAGUGGAAACAAACUAUAUUCAGCACGAUAAUGGGGCUGUUACGACGAAAUUCUCGUUGGUUCCUGGUCCCGGAAAGCACUUAAUCAAAUAUCAGGGUGCGUAUAUGUUGGUUAGUAGAGAAAGAUCGGGAAAGCUAUUGGAUAUGACCAACGGGAGUCCAUUUGAAACCGUCACGUUGACUACAUUAUACAGAGAUAAGAACUUAUUCCACGAUUUAUUGGGCGAGGCCAAGAAAUUGGCGUUGAAGGUUCGCGAGGGUAAAACGGUAUUGUUUACGUCGUGGGGCCCAGAAUGGAGGCCGUUUGGACAGCCUAGAAAGAAAAGAAUGUUGGGAUCGGUUAUCCUUGACCAAGGAAUCGGCGAAUCCAUCCUUGAUGACGUGAAGGACUUUUUAACUAGUGGUGAUUGGUAUCACAAAAGAGGUAUUCCUUACAGAAGAGGAUAUUUAUUGUACGGACCACCGGGUAGUGGUAAGACGUCGUUCAUUCAAGCAAUAGCGGGUGAAUUAGACUAUAAUAUAUGUAUUCUUAAUUUGUCAGAAAACAAUUUGACCGAUGAUAGACUUAACCAUUUAAUGAACCAUAUUCCUGAACGGUCGAUAUUGUUAUUGGAAGACGUUGACGCUGCAUUCAACAAAAGAGAACAGUCGGACGAUGGCGGCUAUACCUCAGGGGUGACAUUCUCUGGCUUAUUAAACGCAUUGGAUGGUGUUGCCAGUGCCGAAGAAUGUAUAACUUUUAUGACAACAAAUCAUCCCGAACGCUUAGACGCGGCUCUUUUAAGACCAGGAAGAAUCGAUUUCAAAGUAAUGAUUGACAAUGCCACCGAACACCAGGUCAAGAAAAUGUUCUUGAGAUUCUAUGAAGACGAAGUCGACUUAUGCGACCAAUUCUUGGAAAAGUAUAGACAAUUGGACAUGAAAAAUAUCAGUACUGCCCAAUUACAGGGGUUGUUUGUGUAUAAUAAAAGAAACCCCCACAAUGCUAUCAAAAUGAUUGAUACAUUAAAAAACCCCAACACUGUAUUUUAA